UGACACCAAAAUAGUGUGACCAUUGUUGCGCCAGCGCAAGUGGUCCCAUCGUCGGCUCGUGUACGACGGACUCCCAACACUUGAAUCAUGUACGAAUCCGAUCAUCACCUGCUGGACGACGAAGACCACCUGCAGCACGCAUUGACCAAAGGCAAUAAGCGAAAUGGGGGGUUUGACCGACGCAAAGGCAAGGGGUCCGUGGCCAACCACUUGCUCAACUUCUCGCGCCCAGUGCGAAACAACGACACAACCUCGUUUGUGCGGAAAAAGAAAGGACCGCCACCCCGCACACGGGACGAAUUCCUCCAUGCCAAGUCCUCUUCCUCUCACAUCGAGUCUUCUGUCUGAUGGUGGUUGUAGCUUUCGCUUUGUGAUUUCACCCCUUGCCGCCAACGAAUCCCGUGCCCUCUACGACCCGGAUGCGCUCACUGAAUGGGACAAGAUCGAGCAAGUGAUUGUUGCGCACGACGCUACGGUCGACGCCGACCAUAGGUGUCCCAUCUGCUUGGAUACGUUGCGCGCACCAAAAAUCACGCGCUGCGGCCAUGCCUAUUGCUGGCAUUGCAUUCUCACGUAUUUGUCCUUGACGGAAAACUACUGGCGCCGCUGCCCCAUGUGCUUUGACGCGGUAAAGAAGCACGACUUGCGCAGUGUGUUGAUCGACCGCCACCGCACGAUUCCAUCGGUGGGCUCGUCGGCCACGUUCCGCUACGUCCAUCGCGGCCGAGGCAGCUGGUUUCCGCAUUUGCCAGCCCCACAAGCAGCGCCUUCAUCUACCAAGAACCACCACCCUCAACAAAAGGGCGGUAUUCCGUCUGUCCACGGCGCCAACGCCGUCUUCUCGCGGAUAUUGGAGUCGACGCCGUCGUACCUCGAGUCAAUGAUACAGAGCGAGACGGAGGACCUUGAUGCGUUAGCCGCGGAAGCCAAAAGCAGCGGCGACGAUCAUGCGCUGCCAGUGAUCCAGGAAGCGUUAGCGUAUUGCGAGAAACGGCUGGCCAAACUGCGGGGCCCGUCGACAGCCCCCGACGAGCCAGUGCCGACGACGACGGCCAAGGCGACCAAGAAGACCUCAAGUCCGUCUGAACACGAAGAAGAAGAGGCGCCGUACAGCUUUUACCAGCUGGACAACGGCCAUGCGGCGAUCCUGCAUCCGCUGUGUCUGCGCGCGUUGACGCGCGAAUUCGGGUCGACCCAUUCGUUCCCCCAUACAAUCACCGCCACCGUGCUGGAGAUUGAGCACAUGGUGGUCACCGACGACGUCCGCCGGCGAUUUCGAUACAUGGCGCACUUGCCAUCGCACUGCGAUUUGUUUCUCGUUGAAGUCGACUUGUCGCCGGUUGUGUCGCCGGCAACGUACAGUCACUUUUACAGCGACAUCAAAAAGAGAGCGCGGGGCCGCCAAGCCAAGCGGCACCCCCACCAUGACAAGAAACCCCAGCCCCGCAGCGACAGCUUUGACAUGUGCCUCAUGCUGCAGCUCGCGCUGGACAACGACGACCACUACCCCCAUCUUCAAGACACCGCCGCCUCAGACGACAAGACGUCGCGACGGCUUGAUGAUGAAGGAGCUACUGGUGACUAUUCGUCCCCGUACGCGUCCUUUGCAAACGUCACGACCAACCAAGGGUACUACCCAUCGUUCAACGCGGACGGGGAUGACAGGCGGCCAGCAGCGGCCGCCGCCCCCGGCUGGCCAAACGUGAAUGGGUCGACGGAUGUGCCGUUUGAUAUUGACGAGCUCAAGAAGGAGAGCCAACAAGGGAAAAAGGCCAAGAAAGGCGUGUCCUUGUUUGCUACGUCGCAGCGUCGGUCGUACCGUUAAGCCACGAGAAUAACUAAUACAAUGUGAAUUGGAAAUAUCGACAUAUACAUUAUACAUAAUUAAUAUAUGAGUAUACGACAGUAUGUCGG